AAGAACUCCAAUUCUGUUUAAAUGAUUUCGAUCAUUUUUUACAGAUAACCAAAUUAACAACUACAUGUGCAUUUUGAAUUUUUAUUAUUUUUUGCCUAGUAAAUGUUCUUUUCUUUACAUUCCUAAAUCUAAAUAUAUAUCAACCAAGAACAAGAAUUUGUGAUCAUUUGUCAAUCUAGGCGCUCAAAAUUCGACCGAUAUUCCUUUAAUUUAUUUAUUUGUGAUAACUAGCCAUUUUCGACCGUAAAAUUAUAAUUUAAAAAAAUAAUAAGAAGGUGCAAUAACUGAUUUAUCGGGUUCAACAAUAAAGCCUUUAUUUAAAAAAAAAACUAAUAAUAAUCUCCUUAUUUAUAUACGAAAACGAUGACAAGGCACAAAGUGAAAUCAAAAGACGGAAAGUUAUAACGAGGUGUCCAUCAUCGAGGGAAUGUCUUCCUGUCUUACUUUCACCCUGGUACUCCUUCAUUCUCUCAACAAAUUCAAACUACUCAUCUAUUCCCUAGGCACCCUCCUCCUGUUCAAUUAUUAUUUUGGAUUCUUCGAUUAUUAUAAUCAGAAAAGUUUCGCCAAAGAGUUUGUAUGGUGGCAGCCCGAUUUUUCGGUCGAGUUAGCUGACCUGGACUCAAAUUGUGGGGAAGAAUCAUCGGGCGACCCGGGCAUCUAUCUCAUUUUUAAGGAAGGGGGGAACGACACUGACUAUUUGACGCGUUAUUCCUUUCCCAAAUUUUAUUCCGCGCCCACUAGCGAUAGCUAUAAGUACCCACCCCUCGAUGAUUCAAGCACCUCUCCCUUCAUUCUAGCCAAACCCGUGAUUAUUAAUUCGUUGAAUACUACUUCCCUUUACUCGAACUCCACCAAUCGAAACCUCGAAAUUAAAAACGUAUUCAUUUCUCGAAAUACCGGAGUAUUAUUAGAGAGUCACCAUCGCGAUUAUAAUAAUAAUGAUAAUAGUAACGAGGGUACCAAAAAUCCCGCGAUUUUUGAACUAACGCUUCUCGUCAAGAGUAGUCGAGACAACGUAGAUCGUCGCAACGUUAUUAGAUCCACCUGGGGAAACCGGAGUGUUUUAACAUUUCCGGGUGGAGAUAAACUCGUUAUUCGUUCCGUUUUUAUACUCGGGCUCUAUGAACGAGAACUAAACUCAUACGGUGACAAUGUCAGUAUUAGCUCGGCCGGGAAUCUCAACGUGACGACUAAUCGUUCCAAGGUGUUCGGCUCUUAUCCUUCGUCUCUUCCGUCAAUUAUGUCGUUCAAGCACAUGGAUUAUUCGUCCUCCGACAAAACGGCUCCGAUUACCGCGACAACUCAAUCGUUGAUCCAGGAUGAUCGAACGGACGAUCUGAUAUUCGGGUAUUUUUUGGACCAUUAUUACAAUAACACGCUCAAAGUACUUCUGGGACUUAAAUGGUAUUUUUCUUCGCGGAUAUACGAGGGCGUUAAAUUUUGGCCCGGUGUUAGGGAAAAAUUGCGGUACCACCAUAAACGCGGACUUGCCGAUUGUAGAAAUACUUAUAAAAGAAGAUCCAAACAAACCCCGCCUUUCAUCGACUCUAACGCGCACAAGUUCGUCGUCCUCAUCGACGACGAUUAUUACCUAUCUCCUUCACACCUUUACAAUUACAUUCGCCACAACCUGACUAAGGAUUCGAGAUUUUUCAAGCCAUCCUCCGCCUCAAGCGACGUUGGUCAGAAUCAACAAGCUCGAUCUCAAUCCGUAAGUGGUUCCUUCCGUAACGUGUAUUGCGGUCACGUAUUCAACAGUAACACACCUCACAGGCUCAGAUCUAGCAAGUGGUUCGUGGGGCUUGAAACGUAUCCUUACGACAUUUAUCCUCCUUACGUUACGGGCGGUGCUAUAUUGUUGUCCCAUGAUGUCGCGCGCUAUUUUUACGAAAUGGCUUCGAUAACCAAGACGUUCGUUUUCGACGAUAUAUAUUUAGCAAUUUUGGCGCUCAAAUUAAAAAAAUGCCCUGUUCACAACCCUGAUUUCGUUCUCUUCCCAACAUAUAAUCCCGAAAUCGAUUUGAAGGACAAAAUCGCUAGCCACGGUUACAGCGACCCCAAAGAGCUUUUGAAAAUUUGGCGACUAUUAAAUCCUGUGCUUCCAAUCAGCAACAAACAAAUCUAUCCAACUACAGGAAAAUGACAGCUUUCUCGGAUGCUUGUGCUUCUAAUAUUGCCAUUUUAUAUUAUGAAUUAAUAUAAAUCUCUUUAAACAAUCUCUAAUAUUAUUAUUCAUAUUAUGUCACGUAUAAGUAUUUUAUAUAUAUAUAUUAAAUUUACGAAAAACUGCCCUUAUUUGUUAUUUGUAAAAUAAGCCUUUUUUCUUUAUUUGAAUCGCCAAAAAAAAUUUAUUUUAUAUUUCCACGUUCAAAAUCUAAUUUCAAAUUGCCAUUUAUUUUUUAUAAAAGCCAUUUAUUGUCAAUUUAAUACAUUGUAUUUCCAUCUAAUCAUUACCCCAUUCUGUAAAAAAAAUUCCCCGCAAAUUUUUUUUUAAUGUUUAUAUUAUCAUUUUGAGUGAUUGUAUGAAGACAUAUGUCAAUUUAAUUACCAAUAUAUAAAAGCCCAUUUAAAUGUUCCUUUUUUUUUAUCAGAGCCCUACACCAAAAGUGUUUUGAAGGUGCGACCAUAACUUAUUUUUAUCAGCCACUUCCGGCCUAACAUUCGUGAAAGAAGUCUGAGUUUGUCUUACGCUUUUCCAUGUUGGGCUUUUUUGUUGUAACCUUUAUUAACUUUAAUAUUUUUUGAUGAGUUAAAGCUUGAACCUCCAAAAAAAAAUUUUCUAAAAAUAUUAUUUAUCAAAAAAAAUAUUAACUAGUCAAUUUUUUUAAAAAAUAUAUAUUAUUUUUAUGCUUUGGCUCAUCACUGUCAUCCUUACUCCACCUUUACAGCUAUCGCAAAUUCUCGGGGAAGUAUAAAAAAUAUGAUUUAAAUAUAAUCUUCAUUCAUUUUUGUAUAUUUCACCCCAAAUUAGUGUUAACUGUGAAAGCAGGGUUACUCUUUACAUAUAAAAUUCUUGUAGAUUCCGUUUGCAAAAAAAAACAGAUGAUUCCUUUUUUUACAAAGUAUUGUGAUAUAUAUAUUUUAUAUAUUAAUGUAAAAAUAAUUAAUUUCUUGCUUUAAAAAAAAUAAAAUUUGUAUAUUUUAAAUAUU